AUGGCUUUCAUUAGUAUACGCUUCUUGUUCUUCAUCCUCUCAGCGCUUCAAUUACAUCUCUCGAUUUACAACCCUACCUAUGGCUUCUUGGUAGCAGCUGAAUCUAUCAAUACAUUGACUUUAGCAUCAAGUUCAAAUGAUCUUGCAGACUUUGGCCAAACCAUUCCCAUUUUGGGCCAGAUGGCCCGCACCGACCAAGAUUUCAAGGACGGCCUGGCACUCGAUCUCUUCUCGCCGCGGAAUCGAACCCUCAUAGUGGAAAAAAACCCGUCUCCGCUGCCCGGAAAAUUCGUCAGCGGCAGUACGGGUGAGCCCUUCGUCGCAUUGUCCAACUACUCGUGGGUCAUCAAAGUCAAUGACACAGCGCGAGACUUGAUCGCGAAGGUCGAGCUACCAUACGAGCCUGAAAAUGUACAGAACAGGGGUUUCGAUGUAGCGAAUACUUCAGAGAACAAGACUCGCAUCAUCAAAUUGACAUCUCUGGAUGGCGAAUAUAUCCUGCUUGGUCGCAAGACCGUCGACACAGCUAAUAUAUUUGUCCAGUACGGCUUCGGCGCAACACGAACUGUAAACCUAACAGGAGGCAAGGGCAUCCAAGGGGCGGAGUUCGUGGACGGACUUCGAAUUUCCCUAGAAUCCGAGAAAGAUAUGCGACUAAACAUCGACCUAAAGAACGGCGUUGAUGAGAAAACAGUCCCCAGUGGAAUGUGGUCGCUGAGUAUGCUCCUCUACCCCAGGCCAAAGCCUGCAGCUCCACUUCUCUCCUCUAACACUUGCGCUUUAGAUUCCUUCGCCUGGGCCAUGAACACUAGCUCGUCAAGCCAGCAGCUCAAAUGUGGCUCCGUUCGUUUCCCCAUCAAUUUCAGCGCGUCGAUAAGAGAUACCAAAAUUAUGGUUGCUAAGCGCGAUCUGGGCGCCUCAUCUUCGACAAGUUUCGACCCUCUCCCUCAAAGGUCGCAUGAAGUGAAUUGUCGACCGGACUGCAGUGUUACCGUGAAAGAUCUGCAGCAGCUGGACGGGGAAUAUAUCGUUUUGGCUGCGGGAAACGAGAUAGCAGAAGAGGAGAAGGGAGCUUUGAAGGAACAGGUUAACAACCCACAAGCAUCUAGUGCAGGUAUAAGUCUACGUGGAAUUGAGAACUGGGCUGGGAUGGGGGUGGUACUGUGUACGAGCGUAUUAGUUUGGCUUCAGCUGGUGUAUUGA